CUCUGGAAUAAUGAGUCGAUUUGGGUUCUAUUUUAUAUUUCUCUUCUUAUUAUAUAAAAGCCCGAGUUUUAUUCUGUUUUUGUGUUUCGCCAUUUAUGUUUACAUUCAUUAUAGAACGCGAUAAAAGUAAGUAAGAGGGGGAAAAUUAGACGUCUAUAUUGAUAGCUCGUGAUCUCCUCUACUAGACCGUGGAUGUAGGCUUAUAUAGGCUAUUAAUAUCACCAUGGUUUCUUUUCAGUUUCAUAAACAUAGUCAUAGUCAUAGGAUCUCCCGUCCUUGUCACUGUAGCUCUGUAUGGCGUCAGUCUGAAGUGAUGGGCUGUGCUGUUCCCGUAUCGGAGGUCGUCCCAAAACACAUAACCAAAACACCGGAUCAGCGGGCGGAGGGGUUACGUUACCGAGCCGCGAUAAGACCAAGGAGAUGCUUUAUAAGAGCCUGGUAUAAACACACUGAUAGACAUAGAUGUCUGGAAACAGCCUGCGUUUGAUGACCACAGAGAAGGAUUCAACAAAACAUCUGUUCUUCUCUGAUGACACUGAUAGACUGUUUGUACCAAUGGGUGUCUCACUCUCAGUUUGGCUGUACAGCAGGGCAGACAAAAGCCCUUCCUCCUCUUCAUCAGCUUUCCUUCCUCUGGCUGUCCCGACAUCCUCUCGCCUCGCUGUCACUCUGAACUCCUCUCCGGUUUUUCCGGGAGACAGUCGCUCACACUGGAGCUCAGUCUACUGCUCUCCACACUUCCUGCUGUCUGCCUGCAAACAGGAAGUGACACGUUCACCGGUUGAGAUGAGCAGCGAUGGGGUUAGGGCAGAGAUGGGGGUGAAGAGUGGGCUUCAUGUCUGGGAGGUGCUGUGGAGCCCCAACCACAGAGGGAGUCAUGCCGUCAUGGGCAUUUCCAGGCAGAGCUGCCCUCUGCAGGCCUCAGGGUAUAACGUGCUGAUUGGCAUAGAGACACAGUCCUGGGGCUGGGAACUCAAAACCAAUCAGCUCUGGCAUGACGGACAGAGUCUGGGACUUUACCCAGGAAAGAGGAGGUGCCACUCUGAGGCUGUGACACAAUCUUUCACUUCAUCACACACAAAGGUGGCACAGACACCUCUCCCCGUCCCUGAGCGCAUCCUGCUGGUCCUGGACGCCGACGCAGGGACUCUGGGAUUUGUUGUUGAUGGCAGCUUCCUCGGCGUGGCUUUCAAAGACCUCCCUUGUGGAGUGGAGCUUUUCCCAGCAGUGAGCAGUGUGAGAGGAGGAGCCAGCAUACGACUACGAUACCUGAACGGUGCCACACGUGAUCCCCCUGCCCUGAUGGCUUUAUGUGGACUGUCAAUUCGGCAGUGUUUAGGGCAACAGACGCUGAAUCAAAUGGACAAACUGCCUCUAGCCCCUCGUCUCCAGCACUACCUGCUUUCUAGGCAAUAGUUUACAUACAUACAAACAUAAACAAUAGGAAAGAUUUAGUCAAUCACUGAAGUGUACCAAGAAUGUAUAGAUUUGUAUAUGAAAAAUGAUGUACAUACAUAUUAUAUCAGACACAUGGAUGUAUUAUCUAUCUUCUUUAUUACAAUAUAAUAUAUAGGCCUACGUAUUUCACUGAAGUUUCAAAGCAUUGUCAGUGAGCUGGAAGACAUUUUCUUUCUGUUUCUUCCUUUGUGUAUAAAAUAAAUGACUCCUUUGUCAUUUGA